AGACUUCCUGGGCUCUGAAAAAAGGAGGAGGACGCAGACUCUGCUCUUCAGAUCCACACACUGAUCCGCACUACAACCACUGACUUGAACUCGGAGUCUGAGUAGGGUGGCCCUGGGGACUGAGAUGGCAUCGUCUUUAAAGAUCUGGGGCACACUCUUGGCCCUGCUUUGCAUCCUAUGCACACUGCUGGUACACAGCAAGAAUGUUUCUUGGAGAGAAUUCAUGAAACUGCACUACUUAAGUCCAAGUCGAGAAUUCAAAGAGUACAAAUGUGAUGUCCUCAUGAGAGAAAAAGAAGCUCUGAAAGGCAAGAGCUCUCACAUGUUUAUCUAUGUCUCAUGGUAUAAAAUCGAGCAUAUAUGCAUUAGUGACAUCUGGAUGGAUCGCUUCCGAAAUGCAUAUGUAUGGGUCCAGAAUCCCCUCAAAGUACUCAAGUGUCACCAGGAGAAUUCCAAAAAUAACUACACAGAGAGCAGGAGCUUCAACUACAUUGAAUUCCAUUGUAGCAUGGAUGGAUAUGUUGAUAGCAUAGAAGACUUAAAGAUGGUGGAACCCAUCAGCAACUAGAAAGUCUAUGCACAACCUUAGGUAUUGGUAGAGUAUCCAGUGCUUCCUAAGUGGUGGCCCCUGCCUCCAUCAAUAGCCCCUACCAUUCCCCACUUGCAUUUAUUUGUUAAUGUUUUCCAAAUACUUAAGGGUUAUGAAUCACAUGAUUUCUUGAUCCCAUAACUUUGCCUGUGUUGUUUCUCUGCCUGGAAUACUCUUUUGUCUUCAUUUACUUAAUUUACUCCUAAACUUUUGUCAACAUUCAGCUCAUAUGGCAUCUGUUCUUGACUAACCCAAGACUUUCCUGAUACUGGCUCUCUUGAAAGGUACCCAAGCUAAGCAAUCUUCCCUUUGCUAAAUAAAAUUAUGAUUCCAA